CAGCCUGCGCAGACAGAUGGCUGAGGUGUGGUAGUUGGGUGGCAUGAAGAGAGAACAAAACAGGGCAGAUUUCAACAAGAAAAACUUAAGCUUCAUUGGAUUCUCCCAUCAAAGAAAAGCUCCAAGCUUUCAGAAAGAGCUCUCUCUUGAUGGUAAGGAAGAGUCUGCUAACCACAAAAGAAGACUCGAUGCCAAGCUUUUAGCUGCACUCCCUAGAGCUGCUGCUCACCCAACACUUGCCGGUGUUAAGGCUGCUAUACACUGUGCGACACGCCUCUUCUCAGGGGCUUCCGUUGUCACUGUGGCAGAAUUAAGACAAAUAUUUGAACCAAAGAGAAAAGAGUUUUUAGAAAUGAAAAGAAAAGAAAGAAUUGCCAGGCGCUUGGAAGGAAUAGAAAAUGAUGCACAGCCCAUCCUGUUGCAGAGCUGCGCAGGGCUGGUGACUCAUCGCUUGCUGGAGGAAGACACGCCUAGAUACAUGCGGGCCACUGACCCUGCCAGUCCCCACAUUGGGAGAUCGAAUGAGGAAGAAGACACUCCUGAUUCUUCUUUAGAAAAGCAAGCUCGCUCUAAAUAUAGCUCAGAAACCUCGGCUGUCCAUAGCUCAGGCUCCAUGGACUCCCAGGGUCUUGAGUCCAAGGCCGAGAGGAUCGCAAGGUAUAAAGCGGAAAGGAGACGGCAGCUGGCAGAGAAAUACGGGCUGACUCUGGAUGCUGAGGCCGACUCUGAGUAUUCAUCUCGGUACACCAAGUCCAAGAAGGACCCAGAUGCCACCGAGAGGCGAGGAGGAAAGAGUCAGGAGCCAGAGGAGUCAAGCAAAGAUCCCGGUUCUCUGUACUCCAGGGCGGAGACCCCGGGGCUCAGGACCUGCACCGCGGGAGCCAAGGACCCUCUGCUCCAGGGCAGCGACAUUUCCGACCAGGAGCUGCUGCUAAAUGUGGAAAACCAAAGACGGGGUCAUGAGCUGAGAGCCGACCUGCUCACGGUCGCUGACAGUUCCCCAGCCCUCUUCCCCGGGAAAAGCACCUCCUUCCCUGAAGUGCCAAAGUCCCCAAAGCAAAUGCCCACCUCAUCACUCCAGCAGCCACCGUCCCCAAGCCACUCAAGUGGUGACCUGCCGCCCGUUGAGGCCCGGUCCAGUAUAGGGAAGCCCAAACAUGAGUGGCUUCUGCAGAAAGAUUCUGAAGGGGACACGCCUUCACUUAUCAACUGGCCUUCCAGAGUUAAAGUUAGAGAAAAACUGGUGAGAGAGGAGAGUGCUCGCAGCAGUCCUGAACUCGCCUCAGAGUCCUUAAGUCAGAGGAGACAUCAGCCAAUACCAGUGCCCUUCCUGUCCAUUCAGUCAGAAAGCUCCACCUUUGACAGGGCCUCAAGCAAAGCAGUGCGCUCCGUGUGGCAGCCAAGCCGGGCCUGUGUCCCAGCAGCAGAGCCUGGUCAUGCCGUCAAGCCUGUGGCAGCAGAAACCUCAGAAAGCAUGUCUGAGGGCAGCUGGCUAGGAUCAGUAAAGCCCCCCACAUUGAAGGUUCUAGAAGGUGUGCAAAGAGAUGCUCCUGUCCUCCAUAUUUGUGAAUCAAAAACAGAAGAUGUCCCUGGAGUUCUCGACAAUAGGCCUAAACCAAGCUCGGCCUUGGAAGAUGAUGGGUUUCUGAGAAGCCAUGAAGACCUUCCUGAGAAUGAAGACGUAGGUAAGCCCACCGUGAACAAGGUCCCUGUUGCCACGGAAGAUCACAGGGAGCCGCAGCCACAGCACCAGCCCACCCAGAAAGCAGGGCACAGUGAAAUGGUUCUAUAUGUUCAGAGUGGGCCCGGGUCCCAAGAUGCCACGUUGACCAGCCACACAAAGGAACUCUGUCCAAAGAAGCGCAAGGUCCUCACUCGCUCCCUGUCGGAUUACACGGGCCCCCCUCAGCUCCAGGCCCUAAGACACAGGGACCCGGCUCUGAAGCAUGAGCUGGUGCCCCACACUCCCAGGACAGAUGGCCCCUGCACAGAAGCUGGCAUGCUGGACACCAAGGUCUCCGUUGCCCAGCUCCGAAAUAUGUUUCUGGAGUCGGCCAGAGCCAGCAAGAAACCUGAACUCCCCUCACGGGCUGAGAGGCCAGCUGAUGGAGUUGGCUUGCCUGCCAGUACCCAGCGGGAGAGAUGGUCUCGGAAACCCAGACGCUAUCUUUCUCCUGGUGAAAGUAGAAAAACUUCUGAGAGAUUUAGAACUCAACCUAUAACCUCAGCAGAGCGACAGGAGUCAGAUCGGUAUACUUCAGGCUCAGAAAUACCUACUGCUGAGGACGAAGAAAAGGUGGAUGAACGCGCCAAGCUGAGUGUUGCUGCCAAGAGGCUGCUUUUCAGGGAAAUGGAAAAAUCAUUUGACGAACAGAACGUCCCGAAGAGGCGCUCAAGAAAUGCAGCCGUGGAGCAAAGGCUGCGCCGCCUGCAGGACAGAUCCCACACGCAGCCCGUCACCUCCGAAGAAGUGGUCAUCGCAGCCACAUUACAGGCAUCCGCUCACCAAAAGGCUUUAGCCAGGGACCAGGCAAAUGAGGGCAAAGAGUCUGUGGAACCAGGCGAACCUGAUUCCUCCACACUGAGCUUAGCAGAGAAGUUGGCCUUGUUUAACAAAUUGUCCCAGCCGGUCUCCAAAGCGAUCUCCACCCGAAACAGAAUAGACGUGAGGCAGAGGAGGAUGAACUCCCGCUACCAAACGCAGCCGGUCACGCUGGGCGAGGUGGAACAGGUGCAGAGUGGCAAGCUCAUCUCUUUUUCCCCCACUGUGAACACGUCCGUGUCUACCAUAGCCUCUGCGGUUGCUCCCACGUACGCAGGGGAGCUUCGGACAAAGCCAUCUGUUGAUGACCGUACAAGUGCCACUGACUAUAAGUUUCCUUCUCCCCUGGAAAACUCAGACUGUUCCGUUAGAAGCAUUCUGAAAUCACAAGCCUGGCAGCCUUCGGCGGAGGUGAGUGGGAGCAAAGGAAUGCUGAGGGAACUUGGCGAGGCAGAGAGCAAGAGCACUUGGACUCCAGGAGACAGCUGCGUUAAGACGUUCGGAUCCUUGGAGGAGGCAGAGCCCUCCUACCCCACCCAUGACAGAGCUAGGGAAGGAGACAGCCAUCAAGAGCCUCAACAUGCCUUCCCAAGGAAAGGCAGCCUAGAACCAGAUACGCCUCCUAUCUCCCACCUUGGUGAUGAGCCGAAGGAGUUUUCUGUUACUAAAAGCAGUGUGCAAGGGAACGUGGACAUGAGGGACAGGCAGCCCAGUGAAGAGAACGUGGAGAAUGUCACGACAAGAAAGUUGUCACUCAAAGCAGCAGAGGUCAGAGAGCUUGCUUCUGAGCAGGCGGCGGCCCUGGCGUCCAGGAAGCAGCAGGAUCCCUCAGAGCUGAUUCCUGAGAAGUUCUACAAGAGCCCGUGCGCCACGUCUGCUGCUGGAGAAGUCAGAGGGCCUGUGGGUGAGGGCAGCCUGGACUCGCCCAGCAAAACUAUGUCGAUCAAAGAAAGACUGGCGUUGUUGAAGAAGAGUGGAGAGGAGGACUGGAAGAACAGACUCACCCGAAAGCAGGAGUGUGGAAAGGCCUCUGCCUCCAGCGGCCUGCACAUCCAAGAAGCGGGACAGUCACUUAAGAAGAAGCGGGUGACAGAAAGUCGGGAGAGCCAAAUGACCAUCGAGGAGAGGAAGCACCUCAUCACCGUGAGGGAGGAGGCCUGGAAGACGAAGGGCAGAGGGGCCGCCAACGACUCCACCCAGUUCACCGUGGCCGGCAGGAUGGUGAAGAAAGGUCUGGCGUCACCCACUGCCAUAACUCCAGUUGCAUCCCCCGUCUGCAAAUCACGAGGCACCACUCCAGUUUCUAAACCCUUGGAAGAUAUUGAAGCCAGGCCAGAUAUGCAGCUGGAAUCAGACCUGAAGUUGGACAGGCUGGAAACCUUCCUCAGAAGGCUGAAUAACAAAGUUGGUGGGAUGCAAGAGACGGUCCUUACCGUCACUGGCAAAUCCGUUAAGGAGGUGAUGAAGUUGGAUGAUGACGAAACCUUUGCCAAAUUCUACCGCAGUGUGGAUACUAAUAUACCGAAAAGUCCCGUGGAGUUAGACGAGGACUUCGAUGUGAUUUUCGACCCUUAUGCACCCAAGUUGACGUCUUCUGUGGCAGAGCAUAAGCGUGCAGUCAGGCCCAAGCGCCACGUCCAGGCUUCCAAGAACCCCUUGAAGAUGCUAGCAGCGAGGGAAGACCUCCUUCAGGAGUACACGGAGCAGAGGCUAAACGUCGCCUUCAUGGAGUCCAAGCGGAUGAAAGUGGAUAAGAUGUCGUCCAACUCCAACUUCUCGGAAGUCACUCUGGCAGGCUUAGCCAGUAAGGAGAACUUCAGCAACGUCAGCCUGCGGAGCGUCAACCUGACGGAGCAGAACUCCAACAACAGCGCAGUGCCCUACAAGAAGCUGAUGCUGCUACAGAUUAAAGGAAGAAGACAUGUGCAGACCCGGCUGGUGGAACCCCGUGCCUCGUCACUCAACAGUGGGGACUGCUUCCUUCUGCUGUCUCCCCAGCACUGCUUCCUGUGGGUAGGAGAGUUCGCCAACGUCAUCGAGAAGGCAAAGGCCUCCGAACUCGCGACUUUAAUUCAGACUAAGCGGGAACUUGGUUGUAGAGCUACGUACAUCCAAACCAUCGAGGAAGGAAUCAACACCCACACUCAUGCAGCCAAAGACUUCUGGAAGCUCCUGGGCGGCCAAAACAGUUACCAGUCUGCCGGAGACCCGAAGGAGGAUGAACUGUAUGAGACCGCCAUCAUCGAAACAAACUGCAUCUACCGCUUGAUGGAGGAUAAACUUGUUCCUGAUGACGACUACUGGGGAAAGAUUCCGAAGUGCUCCCUUCUGCGACCCAAAGAGGUCCUGGUGUUUGACUUUGGCAGUGAAGUUUACGUGUGGCAUGGGAAAGAAGUCACGUUAGCACAACGCAAAGUGGCCUUUCAGCUGGCCAAGCACUUGUGGAACGGCACCUUCGACUACGACAACUGUGACAUCAACCCGCUGGACCCCGGGGAGUGCAACCCGCUCAUCCCCAGGAAAGGACAAGGACGGCCUGAUUGGGCCAUAUUUGGGAGACUUACUGAACACAACGAGACGAUUUUGUUCAAAGAAAAGUUUCUUGAUUGGACCGAAAUGAAGAGACCGACAGAGAAGAAUGCUGGGGACCUAACCCCACAGAAGGAAGAUCCCAGGGCUGACAUCAAGCCCUACGAUGUCACACGGAUGGUGGCUGCGCCUCAGAUGUCAGCGGGCACUGUCCUGGAUGGGGUGAAUGUUGGACGUGGCUACGGCCUGGUGGAAGGGAGCGACAGGAGACAGUUUGAGAUUGCCAGUGUCUCCGUGGAUGUGUGGCACAUCCUGGAAUUCGACUACAGCCGGCUCCCCAGGCAGAGCAUCGGGCAGUUCCACGAGGGCGACGCCUAUGUGGUCAAGUGGAAGUUCAUGGUGAGCACCGCAGUGGGAAGCCGACAGAAGGGAGAACAUUCGGUAAGAGUGGCCGGCAAAGAGAAAUGCGUGUAUUUCUUCUGGCAAGGCCGGCAUUCAACUGUGAGUGAGAAGGGAACGUCUGCGCUGAUGACGGUGGAGCUGGACGAGGAAAGGGGGGCCCAGGUGCUGGUUCUGCAGGGGAAGGAGCCCCCCUGUUUCCUUCAGUGUUUCCAGGGGGGCAUGGUGGUGCACUCUGGCCGGAGGGAAGAGGAAGAAGAAAAUGUGCAAAGCGAGUGGAGGCUGUACUGUGUGCGAGGAGAAGUGCCCAUGGAAGGGAAUUUGCUGGAGGUGGCCUGUCACUGCAGCAGCCUGCGUUCCAGGACGUCCAUGGUUGUUCUGAACGUGAACAAGGCCCUCAUUUACCUGUGGCAUGGAUGCAAGGCUCAAGCCCACACGAAGGAGGUUGGAAGGACUGCAGCGAAUAAAAUCAAGGAACAAUGUCCCCUGGAAGCCGGAUUGCACAGUAGCAGCAAUGUGACAAUACAUGAAUGUGAUGAAGGGUCUGAGCCGCUGGGAUUCUGGGAUGCUCUAGGAAGGAGAGACAGGAAAGCCUAUGACUGCAUGCUUCAAGAUCCUGGAAGCUUUAACUUCGCGCCCCGCCUGUUCAUCCUCAGCAGCUCCUCCGGAGACUUCUCAGCCACCGAGUUCGUGUACCCAGCCCGCGCGCCCUCCGUGGUCAGCUCCAUGCCCUUCUUACAGGAGGAUCUGUACAGCGCGCCGCAGCCAGCGCUUUUCCUCGUUGACAAUCACCACGAGGUGUACCUCUGGCAAGGCUGGUGGCCCAUCGAGAACAAGAUCACGGGCUCUGCCCGCAUUCGCUGGGCCUCGGACAGAAAGAGUGCCAUGGAGACGGUCCUGCAGUACUGCCGAGGAAAGAACCUCAAAAAGCCACCCCCCAAAUCUUACCUGAUCCAUGCUGGCCUGGAGCCCCUGACGUUCACGAACAUGUUUCCCAGCUGGGAGCACAGAGAGGACAUUGCUGAGAUCACAGAGCUGGACACCGAGGUUUCCAACCAGAUCACCCUGGUGGAAGACGUCUUAGCCAAGCUCUGUAAAACCAUCUAUCCCCUGGCUGACCUCCUGGCCAGGCCCCUUCCAGAAGGAGUGGACCCUCUGAAACUUGAGAUUUAUCUGACCGACGAAGACUUUGAGUUUGCACUUGACAUGACAAGGGAUGAAUUUGGCGCUCUUCCUGCCUGGAAACAGGUGAACCUGAAGAAAGCAAAAGGCCUGUUCUAAGGGCAAGAUGCCAAUAGCCUUGGUGGGCACUCUCAAUGCCACUGGACCCGAAAAAAGAAAAAAAGAAUAUUUUUUGGACUGGUAUUUUCUUUGUUUGUUUUUUUUUUAAAGUAUUUUUAAAUCAGAGUUUUUCCAAACUUGACCUUAUUAACUCUACCGCUUGUCUUGGAAUUGUGUAUUUUGUAAAUGUUUAGGAGAGCUCUUUGGAAGCUUUCCCGUGGUUCGGCAGGUGAUGUCUUCGGGUCUCUUCUGCUCACUGACACAGGGCUGCCCUCCCGGUCCAGCUCGGCUCAGCCUUCUUGUUAAAGCAGUUCUCUUCAUAAAGUGUUAUUUUGAUAGUUUAUGGAUUCUAAAUAUAUAUAUAUAUAUACAUAUGUUUAUAUAAACACCAUAUAAAUCAAAUGCGUAUUUAACAAAGCAAUAUGUAUUCAUUCACUUUCAAUUUUUUCCUUUGGUGUCAAAAUAUUAUUACAAGCUAGAUGCAGUCACCUCUGUUGAAUUAGGUCUGCCGUCAAUCUCACCUCCCCCUCGGGAGCUCCUCCUCAAUGUUAGGACUGACUUGUGUUGAGUACUCUUCCGGUGCUAACGUGAAUAGAAGACUCCGUACUUCCUAGCAUGGACUUGGAAGAAUCUGUGCGGAUCAACCUGUCUACCUUAAUAUCACCCCAGAAAUGUAUAGUGCCUUGUUUUUAUGUACAGUUUAUAUACAGAAAAUUUUGCUCUGCAUUUUUGAUGCUGGUUCAGGACAUGAGCUACCAUUUUCCUCACAAAUAGUAGAAAUAAAAACAUCUCAGUUUCUAAUACCCGCUAUCAACAUUACACAUGUCAUUUUGUGACAUAGGACCCCAAAAUAAAACUUCAGAAUAAUCACAACAA